AUGACUAAAGAUAUUGAAAGUAUUAUGGAUAUAGAAAAAAGUACAGCAAAAUCGAAUAUAAUUCCUGAAUGUAAUGAGAUAGUAAAUGAAAUACAUGAAACUUUUCGUUCGGACAUUAACUACAUAUGCAAAAAAGUGGAUUCUUAUACUCGACAUAUAAGUCAACAUCAUCCGAAUCCCUCUUGGACUUCCAAAUCAUGUUGCAUAUAUUUGCAUUAUUGGCUAUAUAUUCAUUAUAAUUCAGAUGAUUAUAUUGAUGAUGUUAAACAGCUUUAUAAUAAAUUGAUAAAUGUAUUUUAUAAUACAAACAAUCUGGGAUGUAAGAAUCAUGAGAACAUUAAAAUUACAAAUGAAGAAAUGCUAAACCUGAAGUAUGUAUAUGACAUGCACGUUAAACUUAAUAAAAUAAGUAAGGAACCUGAAGUAUCUGGUAAUAAAUGUGAAUGUGCCAAGGAGUGUGCUGAAAUAUAUAUGAAACAAAAAUAUAAAUGUAUGUACAACAGAUUUCUCUAUUUCUGUAAUGCAUUAGAAGAAUUUAGAAAAAAGUAUUAUGAUAAAAUAUCUUCUCAUAGUUGUGAUACUGAUACCCCCAAACAUUGCCUUCCUAACGAAAAAUUAAUAUUAUAA